UUGUCUUUUGAUGAGCUGGAGAAAAUAUCUUACUGCUCUCGAUGUUGUCUACUUGUAGAUUGCAUAAGGCCAUCAAUGAUUGCAUGAUGAUAAAGUCCGAUAAAACGGAUACUGCUGAUUGGUAACUCGGAAAUAAGUGAUAGAAAGGAGUCAGUGCAAUCAGUGCAGAAGGACAACAUCAGCAUCAUCCGCACAAGAAGGAUAAGCAAAGAAACUUGGCGUCAGUCACUAAGCGGAGAAAAUGUUUUCUAGGAACUCCGUGUGCGUCGGCCAUAGAGUUCUAGAAUUAUGGAUUCCAGCAGAGGAGGUCUAGGGGGGGGAGUGCACGGAGUUAAGGAACCUAUCUGGACUGUUCAAAAGGCAAACAAGCCUGUUAGCCUUGAGUAAAGUCCAAUGGGGAUCUCACACACGCAAACCUAAUAGAGGCGACGGAGCUGCACGGUGUCCUGACUGACCACUGAAAAGAAGACCCUAGAGAACAAACGUUUCGGGGAAAAGUCUGGUGUCAUGGAUCUGGUACACAGCUGGGGGAUCGAGCUGGUACUGCACCUGCAGACCAAAUACGGCGGUUACAAAGGCCUUUUUAGUUUUGCUUCCGCUGUGGCUGACCUGCACACGACCUUCUUCUUUUUCUUCCCCAUCUGGUUCCAUCUGCGGCGGGACAUGGCCGUCCGGCUCAUCUGGGUGGCUGUCAUCGGUGAUUGGAUCAACCUGGUCCUUAAAUGGGUUCUUUUUGGAGAGAGACCAUAUUGGUGGGUUCAUGAGACCGACUUCUAUGGGGCAAAAGGGGCCCCUUUGCUGCAACAGUUCCCAAUUACAUGUGAAACUGGACCAGGAAGUCCGUCUGGUCACGCAAUGGGUGCCGCGGGGGUCUGGUAUGUCAUGGUGACGGCCAUACUCAACAUUGCGGCGAAGAAACGAUGUCUACCGUCACUGUACAAAUUCCUGCGUUUGGUUCUAUGGGUUGUCAUGGGUCUGGUGGUGCUGGUAGUUUGCAUGUCCAGGGUCUACAUGGCAGCCCACUUCCCGCACCAAGUCCUCGCCGGGCUGGUCACAGGCAUUAUGGUGGCCGAGGUCAUGUCAAAGGUGAAAUGGAUCUACAGUGCCAGGUUCAGGACGUACGCCAUCACCACCCUCUUCUUGACCUUCUUCGCCGUGGGCUUCUACCUGCUGCUUAAAGCUCUUGGUGUGGACCUUCUGUGGACCAUAGAGAAGGCCCAAAGGUGGUGCGCCAGGGCUGAAUGGGUGCACAUGGACAGCACGCCGUUCGCCAGCCUCCUACGAAACAUGGGCAGCCUUUUGGGUCUUGGACUGGGCCUGCACUGGCUGCCUCCGCUCGGCACCUCGGGUGCUUUCAAGACGGGGUGCGUUGUCGUCUCUCUAGGGCUGCUUGGGGUUUUGGACUCAUGGACAUUUUCCUCUGAGAACCUUGUGGCUUUCUACUGCUUGUCCUUCGGUAAGAGCGCAGUUGCACUUUUAAUACCGACCGCGUUGGCCCCACGGGCGCUCCGCUGGAUCAUCACAAAAGGUGCAAGCAGUAAAAAGUUGUGAUCAGUGGGAUUGAUUUUUGUGUUGAAUGAUUACACACAUGGGACCUUUUGGCUAAUGCUAGUGUGUUAGCAUGGAAAAUGUAGUCCAGUUUUGUUGUUUUGCUAAGAGUUAUUGUCUUGUAUACACAUGCCGGAUGCUUCAAAAUAGUUUGGAUUUAAAGUACAAGCUAGGCAUUAGCUAAUUGGCUAUAUGCUAAGCGCUUCAUUAUAGUUCAUCUCAAAUGGUCAGGGGCGUGCAGAGGGAGGGACCAAUGGGGCGGCGGGACUAACGGGGUGGCGGGAUCAAUGGCCCCCGGAGCUUAAUGGUCAAAAAUAUAAAUACCAGCGGUCAAGUUAGCGACACGCUAAGCGAUUGUCUUUGCUAUUUCAUUUGUUUCCUAUCUUAAGCUUCCUUUUGUAUUGAUUCUUUUAAGUGUAUAGAACAACUCAAAUGUCAGUGUCCUAGUUCUAUUUUUGCUCCCCAGCUUUUUUUAGCUUGCCAGUCACUGUUUGGAUUUAAAAAAAAAAAAAAAAGUCAUUAGCUUACUAAUGAGAGCUACCCGUAAUAGCAUUGUUUUUUUUCCACGGGACACUUUGCACUGAUACUGAUUAAUUGUGCACAUUAAACAUUAACCCAAGCAUGCGUCGCUCACUCGGCCGGCCAACAUAGUGACACUGCCUCCACCAUACGACCACGUGGGGUCAUGAAGCACAGAGUGUCUUAAAUGACAUGUGCAUCGCAUUAAGAAGCCAAUUAAAUGUGUCAGAUUCAUCAUUUUAUGGUCAAUUCCUAUUGAAGUUAUUAAUCCGUUUGUGACUCCUUCAUUUGAAAUCUGCAGAAUUUUGUCCGCUAACUCUAAUUACAAUUAAAAAAUAAUGAAGUAGCAAAGUUUAUUAAGGUACAUGUUGCUACAUGUUGGACAAGGUUCGAGGAGAGCAUCACGUGUAUGACAUAAUAACCUUGUGACAUUCCGCCGCCGGCGAAUCCCGAUCCUUUUUUGCGGCCGUCUUAUCUGCGAGCCGUGUCGUAAUAGUCACGUCAACAUAUACCAAGACCGCAAUGAAAGAAAGGCGGCAAAGAAUGACCAGCGAGCGUUAGCAAGGUUGCACAACAGCAAGUUGUUUUUACCAAGCGUGCGCAUGGCUUGUUUUCACACGUUAUCUUAUCUCCGGGGGAAAACAACAUGUAUUAAAUGUGCUUUUCCUCAACUAUUAUUGUCCAAUAUUAACUAAGAGCUCUCGGAAAAAAAAUCCAUAUUCUUACUUUAUCAAUUGACAUCGUCACAAGUGCGUGGAUAAGAGCUGAUGUAGAAAGUCUGAGUCGAAUUAUCCCAAUAAAUUGAUUAUUCACCACGGCAUAGUACAAGAAAAACAAGAAUCUUACAAGAAAUGUGUUUUUAGAAAAAAAUUAUUUUAUUGAGGGAAAAUGGUGUCAUGUGAUGAGAACAAUUAUUUUCAGGGUGUUAACUUAAUGUUCUUUUGAGUCCUUUAACUUGUCUACGCCACACUGGCGCCUACAGGCCAAAGCCUGUACUGCAACGCGAAGCAGAUGGAAAUAAAAUCCCACAUUACUU